AUGAUGGAUGAUGAAAAAAUGCCACCAUGUAUGAGCCUGCUCCAGCUGCCCGAUGAGCUUCUUCUGGAGAUCAUGCGUCACCUCGAUAGCCUUCGCGCCUCCGAACCACAAGCUAUCGCGAUGAGCAAGUUGAAAGAAGAGAGAAAAAGGCAAUCAAUCAAUCAAGAAAGACGGCUCGCAUUACAUUCACUUUGUCUGACUUCUCGCCGCUUGAGACGGAUAGCUACGCCUGUACUGUACGCGUCAUUUACCAGUACUUCGACCUGGAAGGGGAUGGAGCACCUUACAUUGUUUCAUCGAACAAUCUCUACUGAAGUUCAUCUCGGGGAGCAUAGAUCUCCAUUCUCCAAGUAUGUUCGGUACAUCGAGAACCGUUUCUCCGACCAUCUGGGCAACAAUCUAUACGACGAAACUGAAGAAUAUGACACCAUACAAAUGAUUGCACGUUACUUUUAUCUACUGGCAGAGAUAGUAAAGCUUGCACCAAACUUACAGCAUUUGUGCGUGGUAAGCCUCGACACUGAGGACAUGUCUUUCUGGCAAUUCAUCCUUCCCCCUGCCCUAGCCGUCGACCCAGCGAUUGAGCAUGCAGGGGUCUCACACGUAAGCUUCAGCAAGCUUGAGACCCUGUGUUUUCAGGUCAAUACAUCGAGUUACAGACACAACACUAGGAACGAUUGGUAUGCCCGCAUCGUUUUGACCAUGAAAUCUGCACCUCUGCUCAAGGAGGUGCAGGUUUGCGGCAUUGAGUCAGACGACGACCCGUCUGCCGCAUCGGCAACAUCAUUUGUUCCUUUUAAACAAUUGCGGAGACUUGAUAUUACCAAAUGUUUCCUCAAAAUUGAGGAAGUGGUUGACCUGUGGCGCGCUUGCGAGGGCUUGCGACACGUCACCUGCGAAUGGUCGUAUCUCGAUUGCAUGACUGAGCCUCCGUUCGGGCUCGUCCCAGGCCUGCUGAAUCAUGCGGAAACAUUGGAAACUUUGCGUCUCGACUUGCGAGAAGUACGCCUUGACCUUCCCAGGCCGCCCAAGCGCCUCUUCAACUCAUUCCGUGCCUUUAUCAAUCUUCAAAGCUUGACUAUUUGCGAGAGAUUCACUUCGGACGAUCAUUAUACUUGGGAAGGUCGAAUUGCCGAUCUAUUACCCGUCAGUCUAGAGAGUUUGACGAUUCUGCGAUAUGAGGAUGGUCUAUUCGAAUUUGGCUGCCAUGAUGAUAGAACCAGGAAUCUACGUCACCUGGCCGAAGAUUGUCCAACAGCUUUGCCGCGACUUAAGUAUGUUGCUGUACAUGACUUUCUCGAAUUUCAUGCUUCAGAGCUUCGAUGUCUUUUUAGCGAUGCUGGCGUUCAAUUUGUCAUUGUUCGCGAAACGCUAUAA